AUGGCUUCUGCUGCAGUCAGCGUCAUCAAGCCCAACGGGCCUCUGCCUACCUCCCAGGCUUCCGAGUCUAACACCACCACGACCGAGCUGCCUCGCCCUUACAAGUGCCCUCUCUGCGAUAAGGCCUUCCACCGCCUCGAGCAUCAGACCAGACACAUCCGCACUCACACUGGCGAGAAGCCUCAUGCCUGCCAGUUCCCCGGCUGCUCUAAGAAGUUCUCCCGCUCCGAUGAACUGACCAGGCACUCGAGAAUCCACAACAACCCUAACUCUCGUCGUGGCAAUAAGGGCCAGCAGCAGCAUCAUCACCAGCAGCAGCACCCAGUCCACCACGGUCUGCCCCACCACAUGCACUCGGAGGGCCUUAUGGCUCCCCCUCCUGCCCCCAAGACGAUUCGUUCCGCUCCUACCUCGACCCUAGGCUCGCCCAACGUCUCGCCGCCUCACUCUUUUGCUUCGUUUGCUCCUCCCCAUCCUGGUUCUCACCUCUACAACCGCAGCGGUGACAUCUCCAUGCUUGCAAAGGCUGCCCACCAGGUUGAGCGCGAGAACCUCGGUCACGGCCACUCGGCUCGUCACCACCCGUACUACAGCAACGGCACUCACCACCCUCGCGGCAACCCUGCCGGCCUGAGCUCGUACCACAUGUCGAGAUCCCAUUCGGGCGAGGACCACGGCGAUGAUCACUACCAUAGCUCGAUCCGCCACAUCAAGCGCUCUCGUCCUAACUCGCCGAACUCUACGGCGCCCUCGUCUCCCACGUUUUCUCACGACUCUCUCUCGCCCACUCCUGACCAUACGCCCAUUGCUACGCCUGCGCACUCGCCUCGUCUUCGCCCCUUCUCUGGCUACGAGCUGCCAAGCCUGCGCAACCUGUCCCUGCAGCACACGACGCCAGCGCUGGCGCCCAUGGAGCCUCAUUUGGAGACGCCUGCUUUCCCUCCGAUUCUGCAGCAGAGCAGCGCGCAGCGCAGCACCGGCAUGUCUCUGACGGACAUCCUCAGCCGCCCGGACGGCAAUCAGAGAAAGCUUCCGGUGCCGCAGGCCCCCAAGGUUGCCGUGCAGGACCUUCUCUCUGAACAGGGCUACCAUGGCAGCAGCGGCCGCAGUUCGGCCACUGGCAGUCUCGCGGGCGGUGACUUGAUGGAUCGCGCCUAG